GUAAAAAUGAAUGAUAUUGCUCAUACAGGAAAAUCCUAAGCUUCAGCUUAAGAUAUUCAUUCAAAAAUUGAAAGUCAAUUCUUAUAACGUUAUGCACAUUAUUUAAUUGGAGAUGAAUUUGAUACCUUUCUAACUCCAUCAUUUGUUCAUAUGCUACAUAUUUUAGAUUCAAAGAAAGUGAGUUGUGAAUAAUUGAUAAACUAUAAAACACAACAAAUAAAUGUAAUUUGUUUUAGUUUAAAUAUAGAAUCAAAACACUGAGAGUCAAGUAUUCUUUGCAUUAAGAAAUUUUACUUUUAAUUCAUUUUCUUUGAUGUUUGAUUAGAAAUUAGAAAAUACGAAUGUAUAUACAAAAGAAGAUUACUUUCGAUCAAUAAGAACAACGUAUUUAAAAAAUAAUAGAGUAGAUAAGAUUAAACUAAUCGUAGACAUUAAUUUGUGCAUAAUCCAUCUAAUUCAUUUAAUUAAGAUAAGCAAGAGUAGCAAUAAAAUAACUUCUAUGAAUUAUAUUCUAAUAAAUUAGCUAAAGAUCAAGGAGAUAUACUUUAAGGAGAAAUUGUGAUAUUUGAUACCAGAAUUAAAUAUCCAGCUACCAAAGCCAAAUAAUUGUGUUACGAAAUUAAAUAAAAAAUAGACAAUCUUUUUAGAUCAACAGUAAACAAAACAUUAUUUUGAAGACUAGGUAACAUCAGAUUAUUAGAUCAGAAUAUAUACCAUAUUUAGAAGAGUAUAAAUAUCCAACAAUAGUGUUAAUAAUAUUGUAUAAUGGAGAUGUGAAUUUAGAUUUUUCAAAAUUAUUAUAGAUGAAUUAAAUUACAAUCAAUAGAAAGCAAUUCGCCUUAAAAGUGAAAGUCUAUUUUAUCAGUAAACUUUCCUUGUUCAGCCAUUUUAGGGAAGUAAACAAUUAAUAAAAAACUGAAUGCAUUACAGAUAAGGUAAAUGGUAAUUCAGAUUAAGGUUGUUACAUUCUAUGACAUGAAUAGAGUUAGAUAAAAGAGAUAAAAAGUACUCAAAGAAAUAGAAAUUAUUAAGAAACAAGCAUAAGUGGUAAUAUAUAUUAAUUAUAUAUAUCAAUAGAAUCAAAACAAAAAAAAGAAAGAACAAUAUUGGAAAUGGAGUAUUACUACUGGAUUUUGUGUAGCUGCUGCAAUCUAUUUAUUGAGUAAAAAAUAAAUAAACCUCAAAAAAUUUGUCCAAGUUACUUCCAAAAUAGUUUGAUUUUUAUAUAUUUUUAUAUAAAUUAGUUAAAAGUAUAUGCAGAGAUACUUCUAACAUUAGAACAAUCAGUAUAAUUAAUCUAUUAUUAUUUAGAGCCUAUUUAAUCCAUUAAAGAAGAUUAACUGAAAUUAAAUCAAGAAAGAGUUCCCUUCCGAAAUUGGAUAAAACAUUUGAUGUUUAUAAACAAAACAGAUAUAUAUCUGCAAGAAAAUAAGAAAUUUAUAAAUGGGAAGGGAUUAUGAAAUAAAACAAAAAACUUCUACAUAAAUUAAAUCAAGUUGAAUCUACUUUUCAUAAAUCUGUAAAAUUAAACAAAAAUAUAUUUGUAUUCAAGGUAAUCUAUACGUAGUGUAAGUUCUUGCAACUCUAAAAAAUCUAUUGA